GGCUGAGGACUCCCGACCGACCGCUCUAGUGCAAUGAAACGACGCUCCGUGAAGUCAAGCUGAAAACAUGGGAAUAUUAGCCUACAACUUUUAAAAACUUUAGCGAUUUUGUCUUGAAGGACUUUUAUUAGACGCUGGAAGUUUUUUGCCCGCAGAGGGGAUCUCUGGGUCGUGGAUCACCGCUGCAGUGGGAUUUGGAGUGAGAGUGGACUGCUUGGAGUCACUUACAAAGACCAUCAAGAAGUCAUGACACGACGGAGAUUUCGCUUGGAUUAUUUUCUUUAAAACACAAGCAAAAGUUGACUGCAAUUGUGUGAGUACUGCUUGUUGCAAACUGUGACCCCAAUUUCGGGGAGAAGAGAGCUAAUUUUUAAGCGUUUGCAUCGUUUUCAGUUGUCCUACUUGGAUCAAAGUUUUUCCUUCCCUCCCCCCUCCUCUUCGUCCUCAACUAUGGCGGCCACUGCCUCUCUGUGUGUGCGGAUCAUGUGGUUACUGUGCGGAUUGAGCCCUGUGAUUUUAGCCCAGCAUUACAACAGUGAAUCGGGCAUUUCAAUUCCGGAACACGGCUUUUGUCAGCCCAUCUCCAUCCCCUUGUGCACCGACAUUGCCUACAACCAGACCAUCAUGCCGAACCUUUUGGGGCACACUAACCAAGAAGACGCAGGACUAGAGGUGCAUCAAUUCUACCCACUAGUAAAAGUCCAAUGCUCUGCAGAUUUGAAGUUUUUCCUCUGCUCCAUGUAUGCCCCUGUUUGCACCGUUUUGGAGCAAGCAAUCCCUCCGUGUCGGUCUCUGUGUGAACGCGCACGCCAGGGAUGCGAAGCCCUCAUGAAUAAAUUCGGUUUCCAGUGGCCCGAAAGACUGCGCUGCGAGGCUUUCCCUGUCCACGGCGCGGGGGAAAUCUGCGUGGGUCAGAACACGUCGGAACCGAGUGGACCUUCAUCCUCUUCCUCCUCUCCCUACGUGCCCGAGUCGGUCACCCUACCCCCCAACAUCGUGCGAUCAAACCAGCGCCCCCCACAGCACAACCAGUAUCACCCGUUUGUCUGCCCUAUCCAGCUGGAUGUGCCACCCUAUCUGGGCUACCGUUUCAUGGGGGUCAAGGACUGUGGAGCACCGUGCGAGCCCAACAAGCCAGCUGGGAUUAUGUACUUCCGUGACGACGAGGUGAAAUUUGGACGUCUCUGGGUGGGCAUCUGGUCCAUCUUGUUGAGUACUUUGUUCACAGUACUCACAUAUUUGGUGGACAUGCGCCGGUUCCGUUACCCAGAGCGGCCCAUAAUCUUCCUCUCUGGCUGUUACUUCAUGGUGGCUUUAGCUUAUGCUGCUGGAUUCUUUCUGGAGGACCAAGUUGUUUGCGUGGAUAAGUUCAAGGACGAAGGCUAUAGAACAGUAGCCCAGGGCACCAAAAAGGAGGGCUGCACUAUUCUCUUCAUGGUUCUGUACUUUUUCGGGAUGGCCAGCUCUAUUUGGUGGGUGAUCCUGUCCCUCACAUGGUUCCUAUCUGCUGGUAUGAAGUGGGGGCAUGAGGCCAUUGAAGCAAACUCCCAGUACUUCCACUUAGCCGCAUGGGCAGUACCAGCUAUCAAGACCAUCACCAUCCUCGCCAUGGGGCAAGUGGACGGGGACGUUUUGACUGGUGUGUGUUUCGUGGGGAUCUUCAACGUUGACGCCCUUCGUGGAUUCGUCCUCGCCCCUCUGUUCGUCUACCUGUUCAUCGGUACCUCCUUCCUGCUGGCUGGAUUUGUGUCACUUUUCCGCAUCAGAACCAUCAUGAAGCAUGAUGGAACCAAGACGGAGAAACUGGAGAAGCUCAUGGUCCGAAUUGGGGUCUUCAGCGUUCUCUACACUGUCCCAGCCACCAUUGUGAUUGCAUGUUACUUCUAUGAGCAGGCCUUCAGGGAGCAUUGGGAGCGCACCUGGCAUAUGCAGAACUGUAAGCGCUUUGCAGUACAGUGUCCGGCGAACAACUUUGCCCCCAUGACCCCCGACUUCACAGUGUUCAUGAUCAAAUACUUGAUGACCAUGAUAGUCGGCAUCACCUCCGGGUUUUGGGUUUGGUCCGGUAAAACCCUCCAAUCCUGGCGGAGAUUCUACAAGCGCCUUAGCAAUAGUAACCACGGCGAAACAACAGUGUGAACUAUAUAGACACUUUUUGAGAAUGAGGUCAAAUAGCUUUCAUUUAAAUCUGAACUCUUAUUAUUUUGUUGUGUUUUAUAUGUUGUGACAGCAAUUAGAGCGUUCGGACAAACCCAAACUUAAAUCAAGGUUAGAAGCGGAUGCAUUCAGGCCAAUCAUAAUGCUGGUCCGUGGACUGUUUGAAAAAGUCGGACAUGAAAAGUUACUAUGAAGCCAGUUAGGUAUUACUUAUUUUUCUAUGUCACAAUAUAGUUGAAUGUUCUUUUAUAUAUUCCAAACAAGAACGAGAUUUUCUGGCACAAACAGCAAAAGGUCAAAUGGCGUGACCUCAAGUUGGAGCAAUAAGAUCAUGAAGACACCAGCCACACCCCUAAAGAACUGUGAAUGCACACUUUAAACACAUACGGUGGCUGCUUCAAAUCUAAAAAAAAAACUUUAUCGUCUGUUACAAUUCUCUGAACGCAGCCCAAAGCAACAAAUAUUGACUUUUGCCAUGUUGUGCCAAGCGUCGGACAAACCAUUUCUUAUUUUCAUGUAUUUUUGUAGUCCUCUCUGUAUUUGAAUGUUCACUCCGAAGGUGAAUGAAGUUUUGUAUUGGUUUGCACAGCUAUGCUAACAGUUUUAAAGUGUUACAAAUGACUGACCUGGAUCUAACAUGCAGGGACCACACACUCGCCCGCCCCUCUCCUCUCUCUCUUACUUUGCCUUUUAUUCUUUGUAACUGAGACAUAGCAGCUCAUUGUUUAUCCAUGCGUGCUUGUGUGUGGUCCUUGGAUCUCCAUCUAAAAGCAGCAACCUUUUAAGGAUUCAGCUAAUCUGUAGGCAGCCAGGGUUUAAUGUUAUUCAUUCUGGCAAAAGAUGAUUGUACUUCACCUACACUUGUAAUCACCAAAGUUUUUUGUUAGUUCAAAUGUUACAGCUGGUUCAGAAAGGUUUUAUAAAGAUUUAAAUCAACAUUUUUUAAACAAAGCCAUUAAAACAUCUAAAUCUAUGUCUGUGAUCUGUACUUUUGGAGCCACUUGUGCUUGAUACUUAAAUUACAAAAACACUAGACAAGAAAGGUCAGAAGUCACUACCUUGAGGAAUGUCGCUAUUUGGAGCUAGGCAGACAGUUUUUUUUUUAUCUUUGACCCUUGGAGACAGUAACGCAAUUUAUCAGCAGCACACAAUCUGUCUAAAAGUUACGUCCAGCAGGCAUUGCAUUUCAAACUGGAAUCCAUUCAUUUCAUUUUCACUCGCCACAGCGAUUUUACUGUAGCCUGGACUAUUUGAGUUUAAAAGCUUGUUCUUUCAGCACAUUUUUACCAGUGUCACUGAUGGAUGAAGUGGCGACAGAAUUGUGUAUGUUAGCCCAAAGCUACAUGCUAAGAGUACAAUAUAGCAUAGAGCAGUCCUUACUCAGAGCAGCUUGUUGAUAAUCCAUGUCACACUGUUGCAUGUGAUGUAUGACAUACCUCAAUCUAUUGUUUAGUCUCCAUUUUCAGGAGUCAACCAUGGCUGUUCUUGUGUUUACCCAAUAACAACUCGAGAUGUGAGCAAUAUCCAAUUAUAAAGAAGGAAAUGUCUGUUUAGUGGCGACAUACGCAAACCACCUUGAGCAGACUUGUUUUUUAAAUGAAUAAUGUAUU